CUGUUUAUUUAUAAAACCCGUUUUUUAACUUGCUAUUCACAACAACAAGAAGAAGAAAAAUGAAGUCUUUUGUAGCUACUUUUGCUCUCGCAGUGUUGGUAACACAAGGAAGCAUUUUUAGUUUGUGUUUGGCCUCUUCUUCUUCUACAAACUCCUUUUCUAAUUGGUUUCAUCAUUGGCCGCCGUUUAAAUGGCGACCAAAAUUUCCAUAUUCUCCACCUACACCUCCGCCAACUACGUAUCCUCCACCAGAACAAUAUCCACCGCCGAUCAAGAAGUAUCCUCCGCCAGAACAAUAUCCACCGCCGAUCAAGAAGUACCCACCGUCGCCGUACGAGACUUACCCUCAUCCACCGCCGAUCAAAACUUACCCUCAUCCGCCGGUGAAGUAUCCUCCGCCGAUCAAAACUUACCCUCAUCCGCCGGUGAAGUAUCCUCCGCCGAUCAAAACUUACCCUCAUCCGCCGGUGAAAUAUCCUCCGCCGAUCAAAACUUACCCUCAUCCGCCGGUGAAGUAUCCUCCCCCAGAACAGUAUCCACCGCCGAUCAAGAAGUAUCCACCGCCGACUUACCCUCAUCCACCGGUGAAGUAUCCACCGCCGAUCAAGACUUACCCUCAUCCGCCGGUGAAGUAUCCACCACCUCCGUACAAGACUUACCCUCAUCCGCCGAUCAAGACGUAUCCUCCUCCGAAGGAAUGUCCUCCUCCGCCGGUACAUUACCCUUUUCCCCCGAUCAAGAAAUAUCCUCCACCGGUUGUGUAUCCGUCGCCACCAUAUAAGAAGUAUCCACCGCCAUCAUAUCACUUA